CCUAUUUCGCUUUCGGUUCAGUUCACUCUUUCUUGAAAUUUGUGACUUUUUUUUUUUGUUUGUUUAGUUCCAUUGUUCUCAUUGUUCGUCUCGCUCAAGAAAACAAACCAUGUGUGGCAUUUUCGGCUAUCUUCAAAACAACACGGUCAAGGAUCGCCAGUUCAUCCUUGAAACGCUCAUCAACGGCCUCUCCCGCCUCGAGUACCGCGGCUACGACUCUGCCGGCGUCGCGUUCGAUGACGACCAGGGCAAAAUCACCAUCGUCAAGGCGAAGGGCAAGGUCAAGGCCCUCGAGGAGAUGAUCUUCCAAUCCGAACUGGACUUUGACAAGGACUUUGAAAACCACUUUGCCAUCUCGCACACGCGCUGGGCGACGCACGGCGAGCCUUCCCCGCGCAACUCGCACCCGCACCGCUCCGACCCGACCUCCCAGUUUGUUGUUGUGCACAACGGCAUCAUCACCAACUACAAGGAUUUGAAAAUGUUCCUCGAAUCGAAGGGCUUUGUCUUUGAGUCGGAGACGGACACGGAGGUGAUUGUCAAGCUCGUCAAGUACGUGUACGACCAGGAGAUUGCUGGCGGACACAAGCCCACCUUCUCGGACGUUGUCGAGGCGACCAUGCGCCAGCUCGAGGGUGCCUUUGCCCUGCUCUUCAAGUCCAUCCACUUCCCCAACCAGGCUGUCGCCUGCCGUCGCGGCUCGCCCCUGCUGAUUGGCAUCAAGACCCGCCACAAGUUCAACACUGACCAAAUCCCCGUGCUGUACCCCAACGAGGUCAGCUCUGACAAGGAGUACGACUACCGCAAGAUUUCCUUCUCGGCCCGUGCCCAGUCCUUUAUGAACGUUGGCUCCGCCGAGGCCAGCCAAAACCCCCGCGUCGAGUACUUUUUCGCCUCGGACGCGUCUGCCAUUGUCGAGCACACCAACCGCGUCAUCUACCUCGAGGAUGAUGACAUUGCCUCCGUCCAGGACGGCCAGCUCACCAUCCACCGCGUCAAGAAGAUUGACGGCGUCUCGGACAACCGCGCCAUCAAGACGCUCGAGAUGGAAAUCCAGCAGAUCAUGAAGGGCUCGUUCUCGACCUUCAUGCAGAAGGAAAUCUUUGAGCAGCCCGAGUCGGUCGUCAACACGAUGCGUGGCCGCGUCAACUUUGACAACUGCGAGGUCACGCUCGGUGGCAUCAAGGCCCACAUUCCCACCAUCCGUCGCGCGCGCCGUCUCGUGUUCCUUGCGUGCGGCACCUCGUACCACUCUGCCGUCGCCGUGCGUGCCCUCAUGGAGGAAAUGUCUGAAAUCCCCGUCCAGGUGGAGCUCGCCUCGGACUUUAUCGACCGUGCCACCCCCGUCUUCCGCGACGACGUGUGCUUCUUUAUCUCGCAGUCUGGCGAGACCGCCGACACGCUGAUUACGCUUGCCUACUGCAAGGAGCGUGGCGCGCUCUGCGUCGGUGUCACCAACACUGUCGGCUCGGCCAUCUCGCGCCAGACCCACUGCGGUGUUCACAUUAACGCUGGCCCUGAGAUUGGUGUUGCCAGCACCAAGGCCUACACGAGCCAGUAUCUUUCGCUCGUCAUGAUUGCCCUCAUGCUGUCCGAGGACCGCGUCUCGAUGCAGGAGCGUCGCCGCACCAUCAUCCGCGACCUCAAGACCCUUCCCGAGAAGAUCAAGAAGGUGCUCGAGCUCGACUCGAAGAUUCUCGAGCUCUCCAAGGAGCUUGCGCCCAAGUCCAGCCUCUUGGUCAUGGGCCGCGGCUACCAGCAUGCCACCUGUCUCGAGGGUGCGCUCAAGAUUAAGGAGUUGACCUACCUUCAUUCCGAGGGCAUUCUCGCCGGUGAGCUCAAGCACGGUCCCCUCGCCCUUGUGGACUAUUCCCUUCCGAUUAUUUUUAUUGCUACCCGCGACCAGCACUUUGUGAAAUGCCAAAAUGCUCUCGAGCAAGUCACGGCACGCCAAGGUCGCCCAAUCAUUAUCGUUACCGAGGGCGACGCCGCCGCUGUCUCCAAGUACAGCAGCUCGGUUUUGGAGGUGCCCACCAUCACGGACGCGCUCCAAGGCAUCCUCACGGUCAUCCCAUUGCAGCUGCUCUCGUACCACAUUGCCACCGAGAAGGGUUUGAAUGUCGACAUGCCGCGCAACCUCGCCAAGUCGGUCACUGUCGCUUGAGCAUCUUCCGCUGAGAGGUUUACUAUUGUUGUGUUUUCGUUUUGAAUUUUCUUGAAUUGUUUUUUUAAAACCGCAAACAUUGUUGUAUGUCAGUAAAUACUUCUAGA